UGGGGCGCGCCGGGGCGGGACACCCCGUUUUGGGCCACACCUCCUAGGCAUCCCCCGCCGCGGGAGGCGGCUGCCGGCCCGGGGGAGGGCGGUGCUGGCCCUUUAAGAGGCAGGACAUGCCCGGCCCGGCGCGUCACUAGCAGCAGGUAGAGCCGCCCCCGCGCCGGCCAGGCAAGAAGCAGCCGCCGCCGCCCGGAGCCCUGCGGGGAGCAGCAGCAGCGGGGCCCGGCCAUGGGGAAGGUUCAGCUGUUCGAGAUCCGCCUGAGCGAGAGCCGGGUCGUCUACAGCCCCGGGGAGCCGCUGGCCGGCACCGUCACCGUGCGCCUCUCCGGGAGCCUGCCGUACCGCGCUAUCAAAGUGAGCUGCGUUGGAUCUUGCGGCGUGUCCAGCAAGGCCAAUGACACCGCAUGGACUGUAGAGGAGCAGUACUUUAACAGCACGCUCUCGCUGGCGGAUAAAGGGGUUCUGACAGCUGGCGAGCACACCUUUCCCUUCCAGUUCCUGCUGCCAGCAUCAGCCCCCACGUCAUUUGAAGGCCCUUUUGGGAAGGUGGUCCAUCAGGUCAAAGCUGUGAUAGAUACGCCCCGAUUUGCCAAGGACUACAAGUGCAACAAGGUCUUCUACAUUCUCUGCCCGCUCAACCUGAAUGACAUCCCUGACAUUGAGCAACCCAACACCACGUCCAUCACCAAGAAGUUCAACUACAAGCUGGUGAAGAGUGGAAACAUCAUCUUAACUGCCACCUCGGACCUCAAAGGGUAUAUCGUGGGGCAGGCAAUUCAGCUACGCACAGACAUCGAGAACAAGUCUGGCCGGGACACUGGCACGGUGGUGGCCAGUCUACUCCAGAAGGUCGCUUAUAAAUCCAAGCGCUGGAUUUAUGACUUGAGGACCAUUGCUGAGGUGGAGGGCUCGGGGGUGAAGGCCUGGAAGCACGCGGAAUGGAAGGAGCAGAUCCUUGUCCCCGCGCUGCCGCAGUCUGUGCUGCACGGCUGCAGCCUCAUACAUGUCGACUACUAUAUCCAAGUUUCCCUGAAGUCGCCAGAGGUUUCAGUCACUCUGCCGAUUUACAUCGGCAACAUCGCUGUGAACAGGGUUCCUGUGACCCCGGCUAGGUCGAUCCAGCAUAUUCCGUCCGUUGUGGUUCCGUCCGCCCCACCAGAAGAGGAGGAAGCGGCCAGUGGCUAUCACCCAAUGGACAAUGUUUCAAUCCCCACCAAAAGCCAUUCCCAGCUUCAGGCGUUCAGCUACGCUCCAGGACUGAGCUUCCAGGACCUAAGGCUGGACUCAGACCAGACUGCCUCCCCAAACCACCCCACGCUUUGCUUGGCGACAGGAGCGACCGUCCCUUACUAUGCUGAGGGGACAGUGGUUCCGGUUCCCACCGCCGGCUCUCUCAUCUUGCCUCCGGAGUACAGCACGUGGGGUUACCCCUAUGAGGCACCUCCUUCCUAUGAACAGAGCUGCAGCAGCGCCAACUCCAGCCUCAGCAAUGGCAACUAGCCCUGUGCUUGGAACCCUGACGGUGCUGGCCCUGAGGCCCCAUGGCUCCCCGUCUGCUGCCAAGUCUGGUACCGCGCAAAGCAUCUUGUACUUGGGGCCACCGGCUACUCCUGGGCUGAGAUUUUUAAGUCUUUUUUUUUUUUUUU